GUGUUUUCACGAGCUGGAGCCAGACCAGGGUAUAAAUAGGAUGGGUCGGAGAUUUGUCUUCAGUUGUUCUUUGGCAGUGCACGUGUUAACACCUGUAGGCCGACAACAUGCGUGGAUUGAUAGUAUUGGCACUGGUAGGAUCCAGCCUGGCUGCCCGUCAGCUUCAGGGAACCCAGCUCAGACAAGAGAAGUCUCUUCUAAACACAUUCCCCUUCAAUGCUCAGGCAUCUACAUCUGAAAAUCAUGCUCAUGCUCAUACAAAUGAGAGACUUCCCAGUGUAAACAUCCCUGCCCGUAACGCUCUUCAAGCAGCUGAUACUGGUCUUGGAGGAGUAGCCUUCGGAGAUGUGGCAGCUGCCAAAGCUGGUUCCGAUGGUAAGCGUUGUAUUGACAAGGUUGAGAUGAUUGAAGAAACUGAGUAUGAUGAAGUUGUUCAAUGUGAUCACUCUUAUGACAGAAGGUGUCACACCACCUAUGUCACCAACUAUGAAUCACAGCAAGAGGAGGAGUGCGAGGAGAACUACAGAAAGAACUGUUUCAUCGACUAUGAGAAGAUUGCUUUUAACGAAACUGUUCAGGUCUGCAGAACACCUCUGGUGAAAGACUGUGAUGUCCAGGGACCUGAGAUCUGCAGAACUGAAUAUGAAUCUGAGUGCUGGACUAAACAAGAAGAACAUGAUGUUCAAGAUGAUGUUGUUACCUGUGAAACUAUCCAGGAUGAGAAAUGUGCUGAUGAAACUUCUGGUUAUACUACCUUAACCAAGUGCUCCAAGUGGCCCAGGGAGGUUUGCUCUGUAACUAAGAAGAAUGUGAAGAAGUACACUCCUAUAACAGGAUGUACCAAGGAACCCAGAGAGCUCUGCGCCCCUGCAGGUUGUGGAUUUAAGGAGGGAGCUGAGCAGUGCUUUGAUAAAACCCAGACCAUUGUCCAGGAUGCCCCUAAGGAAGAAUGUACUCUUGAGCCUCAUAGAACCUGCGCUCAUGUGACCAAGUUGGUACCCAAGCUUGAACCUACCGAGGAGUGCGUUGAUGUCCCCAAGGAGGUUUGCACCAGGUCAAGGACCAACCCCAGGAAGGUCAAGAAGCCCGUUGUCAAGAAAUGGUGCUACAUUCCCUCUGCUGAAUCUGGACUGGCUUAAACCGGUUUUCGACAGCUGAAUCCUAUCUUGAGAGAUCAGUCAUGAAGCUUUAAACUAUCCUAGUCUUAUAUUGAUAUGAGGAUCUUUCAAUCUCCCAGUACCUUUACUAUCAAUCAGUAUUGUAAAUCGUGAAAUAGGUAUAAAAUAAACUGCCAACAUGUCUUUUGUAAA